GGCAUGGGAAUAGAAUAAGCGAUGGGAUUGGGAAAUGGGAACACCACCCAUACAAUACAAUACAGUUAUCCAUUCACAUUUCACAGUUAGCACUUAGCAGACUCUGCUGCAGUGAGGUGAGGGGAGGUUUGUUUGUUGUUUCGUUUUUCCUUUCCUUUCCGCCAGAAUCCGUUGAGAAUGGCGUUGCCGGUAGUCGUCGAUGCAGAGUACCUCAAGGAGGUCGACAAGGCUCGCCGCGAUCUCCGCGCACUCAUCGCUAACAGGAACUGCGCUCCUCUCAUGCUCCGAUUAGCCUGGCACGAUGCCGGAACUUACGAUGCUAAGACCAAGACCGGUGGACCUAACGGUUCGAUCCGGAACGAGGAAGAGUAUUCUCACGGAGCCAAUAAUGGCUUGAAGAAAGCUAUUGAUUUCUGCCAGGAAGUGAAGGCAAAAUAUCCUAAAAUUACAUAUGCAGAUCUCUUCCAGCUUGCGGGUGUUGUUGCAGUUGAGGUUACUGGGGGUCCAACAAUUGAUUUCGUUCCUGGUAGAAGAGAUUCAAAAGUAUCUCCUAAUGAAGGGCGGCUUCCUGAUGCUAAAAAAGGUGUUCCACAUCUCCGUGAUAUCUUUUAUCGAAUGGGCUUGACUGACCGAGAUAUUGUUGCACUAUCUGGAGGACAUACACUGGGGAGAGCACAUCCAGAGAGAUCAGGGUUUGAUGGCCCUUGGACGGAGGACCCUCUGAAGUUUGAUAACUCAUACUUUGUGGAACUUUUGAAAGAAGAUUCUGCUGGGCUGCUUAAACUUCCAACAGACAAGGCUUUAUUGGAGGAUGCUGAAUUUCGCUGUUAUGUUGAGCUAUAUGCAAAGGAUGAGGAUGCAUUUUUUCGAGAUUAUGCUGAAUCACAUAAGAAACUUUCAGAGCUAGGCUUUGUGCCAAGUUCAAAGCCGAUUUCUAUUAAGGAAGGGACCAUACUGGCACAAGGUGCUGUAGGAGUUGUAGUUGCUACCGCAGUGGUGAUCCUCAGUUACUUGUAUGAAGUUCGCAAAAGAGGGAAGUAAACUGGAUUUGUUCAUCUCUUGGCUGUUACGGUUGCGUGACCCUGACCCUGACCCAUAGUGUGCAAAACAGGGUUCAUUUUUGCAGCUUCAGUUUCUGUUUACUUAGUACCAAUAAAGAAUAAUGCUACAGACAUUCAGACUUUUAUAUGAAUAGACUAAAAACAUCCCUGAGUACUCAAAUUGAGAGCAACUUCAUUAUACGUAAAUACAAAUUUUAACAUUCCCAGUUA